CCCGCGGCUCCACAUCAGCUGGCUGUGCGUAAUUUCCAGUUGCGCCUUUUCUUUUUCUCCUCCUCCUCUUGCGCGCUAGUUGUUGCGCACAGUGCCACCAGGAGUGACCCGGCAACAUCUCCGACCAGCACCACUUUGAUUUGUACUGCCUUCUUAUCAAAUGGUGGGAGCAGACUGCGCCAGUAGGAGCCUAGCGCCGACAGCACUUUGAACGGGCAAGCCUUCAGGAGCCGUCAUGUACGAGUGACAGACGGGAGGUUGGAGCGCGAGAGGAAUCAACAGACACUGACAAACAUGAGCGGCGGUGAAAUCAUCUUCCAGGGCUGGCUGAGGAAGUCACCACCGGAGAAAAAGCUCCGGAGAUAUGCGUGGAAGAAACGCUGGUUCAUACUCCGCAGCGGCCGCAUGAGUGGUGACCCAGAUGUCCUUGAGUACUACAAGAACGACCACUCCAAGAAACCUAUCCGGGUCAUCGACCUGCACUGCUGCGAACAGGUGGACGCCGGCCUGACCUUCAAGAGGAAGGAGUUCCAGGACAGCUUUGUGUUUGACAUCAAGACCUCAGACCGCACUUUUUAUCUCGUAGCCGAGACGGAGGAGGAGAUGAACAAGUGGGUCCGCUCCAUCUGCCAGCUGUGUGGGUUCAACCAGUCGGACGACAACCACGAUGGCAGGUUACACCAUAUGCCCCGUUCUGUCGGAGCAGAUGUCACCGACUCGAUGGCUCCGCUGACCGGAGAACGCAAGUCCUCUGCCCCCAUCCACUCCAGCCAGCCUGUCCUCUUCACCUUUGAUGUGCCUGUCCGCCACACACACCAUAGCUCCCUGUCCAACAGCGCACCCCAGGACUACCUCCUCCUCCACCAGUGCAUGAGCAGGAAGACAGAGAGUGCACGGAGUGCCAGUUUCUCCCAGGCCACACGAAGCAAUCUGUUUGUCGGGAGCGACUCUGCGGUGCAGAAACUCUCCCAUGGCUUUUCCCACUGCCUCAAUGGCAUGGGGGCCCAGUUGCACGGCUUCUACAGCCUGCCCAAGCCGAUAAAACACCAGUUACCGGGGCUCGAUGACUCCCCGCAGGAGGCCUGUUACGUGCUUCCGCAAGGUUACAGCUCCGAGGCACCGGCUCACAGCGGUCUAGGUGAGCCAGACCUGGAGAACGAGGAGGUUUACACCUUCAAGAUGCCCUGCAACGCCCUUGCCGUCGUGCACAGCAACGAACGUCCGACUGACAAUUACGACCUUCCUACGACGCCUGGCUCCUUCUACCAGAUCCCCCGGACGUUUGAUAAGAAUCACAAUGCCUUGACACCCUCUAGCUCUGAGUCUUCUUGUGCUCCUCCUCCCAGGCCCCCUAAACCAAGCCAGGGUUCAGAGGGUCAAUGGGGGAGUCCGCAGUCUGCAGGGAGCCAGAACGGAGAGAUGACGCCUGCAGUGUCAGUUAUCCCACGCAGGAAUACUCUCCCUGCUGUCGAGAACAUCCGGUUACACAGAGGCUCCUCCUUUGAAACUAACAGCCAUCACCGUCCCAUCCAUUUCAACAACUCCGGCCAGUCUGUUGAGUCUGUCAAUGACGGGUUCAGCUCCUACCUGAGAACCAAAGCGCCUCUGACUCGCUCAGACAGCGGCAACUCCGAUGACAACUAUGUGCCCAUGAAUCCUGGCUCCUCGCCACUCAGCGCUGCCCAGGCUGACAGCCCUAAAAAUAUCUACAUCCCGAUGAGUCCUGGGCCACAUCACUUUGAUUUCCCAGGAUUCUCUGCAACAUUACCUGCCCGUAAGGGGAGCAGCGCCUCUCUGUGUCACCGGCCCAGCCGCCUCAGUGAUGUCACACCACCACCAAUCAACCGCAACCUCAAACCCAACAGGAAAUCGAAGCCAACACCUCUUGAUUUGAAGAACAAUGGGAUCAUUGAUGAGCUGCCAUUUAAGAGCCCAGUCACUAUGUCCUGGACACGGCCCAUGCCUGCUAUGAACUCCAUUUCCUCGCAGCAUUGUCGACCCAUCUCUACACAGAGCAUCACCAGCACCGACUCUGCAGACAGUGAGGAGAACUAUGUGGCUAUGCAGAACCCAGCGUCUACCUCCCCAGCCGUGAGCGGCACCAGCAGCCCGGCCCCUAGGAAGUGUGGCAACGUGGACUACCUAGCCCUGGAUUUCCAGCCAGGGUCACCCAGUCCGCACAGAAAACCGUCUACAUCCUCCGUGACCUCGGAUGAGAAGGUGGACUACGUGCAAGUUGACAAGGAGAAGACCCAGGCACUGCAAAGCACCAUGCAAGAGUGGACCGAUGUGCGGCAGUCUACUGAACCUGCCAAGGGGGUCAAGUCCUGACACUGACCUGUACAAAACAAUGACCUUAAGUCCAACCAACCUUACGUCAAGCAUCUCUAGUUUCACAUGUCUAUCAUCACUAUGCAUACUGGUUGGGCUUGAUGAGGACUGAAUUAUUUGGACAAAAAGCCAUAACCUAUCCUAUGCCUGUUCUCUGUGAUGAUUUGUACUGCAAUGCACUGCUAACAUGCAGGAUAUCAGGCCAUAUACAUGUGAAGCAUCCUGCCAAAGCUAUCCAUGCAGACUGUUUGAACAGUUUGUGAACAAUUGAUAAUGUGUAUGAAAAUAUCAUCCUUACUUAUCAAUCUAUCCUUUGUGAAUUAAAUUCCCCCCACCACACCCUCCUCUGCAACAGGCAAACAUUUUGCAUCUAGCAGGUCAUUUACCCAAUUGCUGCCAUUUAAAGGGGCAGCGCAGGCUAACUGGUCGAUAACCAUAUUAAUAUACUGUAAGAGUACGCUUACUGGUCUCAGGAAUGCCAAGAUGCACUCCAAUUUUGGCAUGCAGGCAGACUCUCUCUUUUCACUUCAAUCUAUCAUUUGUGCUGAGCCUUGCAGAAGCAGUGAAGAGAUUAUUUUCACUGCGGGCAAUCAUUUCAGUUUAGCAGUGCAUGUCUGGUAAGAGGAGGGGGAGAAAAAAAUACAGCCUUUCAACUACGUAAAGGCCCAUGUCAGAAGCCCUAAUGAUGACUGCUCGGGCUGUUGCCUCAGUUUGAAUUAAGUAUGAGCCCAAACCAUAUUUAAAAGCUGUCUGGCUGGAUGGCAGGCCAAUUAUUUCAAUGCAGGUACAACGUCUAAAUGUACAGAAGGAAGAGAGCAAGACUGAAAAAAGAAGCAUCUUAUAUCUUUGUAAGUUGUCACUUCAGUGGGCAAUUCACUUCAGGUAGUCUUCAAAUACAUGUCAUUGUAAAUGUGCACUGACCAACAAAAUGAUUGAGUUGGAUGAGGUAGAAACAAAGCAGGAGGUGUACUUUCAUAGGAGUUCAGAUAUCCCCUCCCUCAUUCUUUCUCUCUCCCUAGAGAUAAAUAUAAGAAAACCAUAAAUACAAGCUAAGUAGAAGGAGAAUAGCAUAUUUCUGUUUUCCUGAUGUAUGUCUUUAGUCUUUGAUGCGCCACACACUACAGCUAUCUGUCUCUGCAGAGUAGUUGUUUCUUUUAUGUAAAUUAUUAAUAGUAUGACAUAUUUGCAUUACAUCUUGUUGACUGUUUGAUGCACUUGUCUGAGACAAAAGAUGCACUGCAGUAAUGUAACGCUGUGCUUUCCUCGCAAAGGCAGCGUGCCACGAUGAAGAUUUACCGGUGAUCCUAGUCACUGUCUGACAGUCUGUUAUUUGUUUAAUUUGCCUUAUAUUUGUAUUUCAGUUUUGACUGUAAAUUUUGCCUGGGAGCAAUUGAAUUAUUCACAUUAUUAUUCAAGCGAGAGCCAUAUUGUAUAACGGAAUGAUCAGUUUGUAGUUCAACUUAAGUCCAGUAUUUCAUUGUGGGCUGGAACCACUAAAGGGUGAAUACCCAUUUCACCUUUCUAUAAAUCAUGUGGCCAUGCAGUGCUAGAUGGUGAUAUGGAUUAUUUAAUCAGGAUUUACUUCUUAAUGUUUUUCUACAAUUUUUACUGCUUUUUGUAUUCUUUUUAUCAUUAUUUUUUACUGAAACAUGUAAGCAAGAGAUAUUCAUCAGGACGGGUUCAGGCUAAAUUAAGCUACGUUUGUUACAGCGUGUAUUUUAUUAUUUUUUCUUGUCUUUUUUUAUUUUUUAUUCCCAAAUUGAAUUGUUGUGAUCUAUACAUGAAAUGGGGAGGCUGGCAGCUUGAGUUGCACUGGCAAAGCCCUUCUUAGGUGAACUGUGAUUCACAGAGAGGGGGAAGAAAAGACUGAAGAAAAGCCUGUCUCCCUGUCAGUCUCUGAAGUGAAAUGGAUGUGUAAUUUAUUAUCUAGAGAUACCCGUUGUGAGCAGAAGAGCUGUGUACGUGUCGUGGUAGAUUGUUAGUCGUAGUAUGUUUAAUGACAGCCUGACUGGGCAAGAUUAAAAAGACUGCUCAGAUCUACUGUCAGACUGUCACUGGGUUGACGUACUGUACUAGUAGAGAUCAUUUUUUAACCACUGUUAUUGCUACUACUGUAAAGCAUUUGCAGACUGCUUGUGUGUUAAUUUAUUAAUUUAUUGUGCAUUUUGCCGUUGAUAAUUGUAAAAAGGAAAGAAAAUUACUAUCAAACAAGGAAACCUUCUCUCUACUAACAUUGAUGUAUGCAAACUGUCUUGAUUUUGUGAAGCAAUGUGACAGACGAUGCCAGUGUGAUGGUAAUGUGGUACAGUUCAUUUGAGAUGCACAAGAAGACAAUACUUUGUUAUGCCUGUAUUAUAGUAGACUUAAACUGUGGACAUAGAAUAAAUCAAGAAGUGAAA